AUGGAUAUCGAAUCUCUUCAAGCUCAAUUAGAGAAAGUCCAAGAAGAACUCAGCCAAAAAGAGACAAAAAUAAUCAAGCUCAAAGGCUUGCUUACGAAAUCAAUGCGAAGUGAUAAAAGUCGUGAAGCACAAAUUACAGCACUUCAACUCGACUUAAGUGAUCGUGACAGACAUAUAGAAUCACUCAAUAAAGAAUUAGAAGAGCAUAGGAAUUUCUCAAAUAAGCAAUCUGAGAGAAUUAACCAGCUCGAAGGCGAAUUAAAUGAUCUAACUAUGAGAUUACAGUCAGGAGUCGGCAGUGAAGCAGCUCAAAAGAGAAAUGAGAGGAUGAAGCAAAUGCUUGAGAAAUCAAAUAUGCUUUAUGCAGAACUUGAAACGAAAUAUCAUAAAGUUUGCGACGAACUCGAGCAAGAAAAAGCAAAGAACAGAAAGAUCUCACGUCCUAAGCAUGUAAUUAUUCUUAAAAAACACGCUGUUACAUUAAAUGAAGAUAAUACAUAUUCUAUUGGAGAACCACAGUCAGUUUAUCCGAGUGGAGUUACCAUAACAGAUACUACAAAAGAAUCAGCCCCAUCUGAUAAGCAUAAUCCAUCUUCUUCUGCCCAAUCUUCUGAUGCUAACGUCCUGAAGAUUUAUCUGAAAAGAGUUCUUUUAGAAUUCUUUAUUGGAGACUCACAAACGCAAACCAGAUUGAUUCCUGUUAUACUUUCUCUUCUAGACUGUUCAAAUGAUCAAGUGAUUGCAGCACAGCGCAGUUUCGCAGAAGGAAGACAAUUGAUUUCAAAGGCAGCUGCUGCUCUUAAUAUUUAA